CACCCGUACGGAAUCAUCCACCGCGAGUGGCCUGGCAGCUGGCGAACAGAAAGAACAAAAAACAGACUCUGAUGGAGAGAUUUUCCAUACCUUGCUGCUUCUGCCGAAUCUUGUGGGGGUCUUUUGGUGUGAGAUUUUGAGAUUUCGUCCAAAAAGACUACUUACUACUGGACCACUGUCGUUAUCCUCGUCGUUGUUGGGAGAAAUGCAAUAGGAAAAGAGUGUGGUAAUUCACCUGUUCCCCGUGUUUGGUGGUAGAUUGUGUGUGGAGUGUCUUUUUGUCUCGGGAUUACAUCUUGAAGGAUAUUUUCGAAAAAUUUGCGUAAAUAAUUGAGUUGCAUCAAUAAGUAAUGCAUUUGGUGAAUAAGUGAUGGCACUUUGUCUGCGAAAGGUUUAGAGAAUUGACUCCAACUGGUGGGUGCUUUCCAGUCGAUUGAGAUUUUGAACGGUGAUCGCCGACGAGACCGGACCAGUCCAGACAGUUUGAGUGUGGGUGCAGAGUGAUAAAAACGUCGAUUUGAUUUUCUUUUUUUUUUGCGAUAGAAGUUACAGGGGAAAAACUUGUUCCUUAGUGCUGGUGUUACACUGCUGGUGAGGCCCGGAUCGUGCGAAACGAGCAGUUGCUGCGUACAAAAGUAUCUCAGUGAUAACACCGAACGUGGACGGUCUGGUAUCUGGUGAAGUAAUUUAGCCAUCUGUCAAGAUUUUCCCAUCCAACCAAAGUCUCAAGUGAAAGUGAAAAGCUCGGUUCCAAUUCUGUCCGAUCGGAAGGUUGAUAAAAUCAUGCAUAAAUCACAGCUCAAAGGCCGUAAAUUGUCGAAGAGAGGUAUGGAAAUCUAGUUGAACCAUUUCCGAGAUAGGGUUUCAGUUUCGACUGCUAUUCAAGGAAACACAUUCAAAAAUAUAUUCUACCAGAGUGCGGUGCGAGGGAGUGAGUACGAGUGAAAAAUCGAAGCAAACGUACAAGCAAUCGAAAGCGAAAACUCGGUGAAGAAUAAGGAGAGGAAAACGCAGGAAAAAAUAUUUUCUUACAUUUGAAUCAAAAGCAACACUCUGCAAGCUCCCACAUAGUAUAGUGUCGUUCCGAGUGAGCGCGAGUGUGUGCGAAGAGAAAGCAAAAACAGCAUAAAUCCAUGUUCAAGGGGCAAACAAAAAGUCUCAAAAGUGUGUGAAUAAAAAAGAAAAAUGGGGAAAAAAUUGUAAUUGUUAUUGAUCGGCAAGAGGUAAUGGGCAGAGGAGAAAAAUAAAUUAUAUUAAAGCAAAAGAGUCAAGCCUAAGUGGGUGCGAAGAAAUAAAAAGAAGGAAGGGAAAAAAGUGUGCGGGCUCUGGAAGUGAUUUUCCUUUUCUUGGUCCUUUGAGGUCGUGCCAACAAUACAUUUGCGUGGACGUCGAACCUGUAAUUAAUAAUAAUAGUGUAAGGAAAAACCAUCCAAACGUGGCAAAAACGAGUGGCGACGAGGUGGCAGCUAAAGUGGCAACAAUUGUGUGUGCUGGUAUACUCACUUUUCCUGUGUUGGAAAUUUAUGCUCAGUGAGACGGAAGCAAGAGGAAACCGAAGAAGAAAAUAGUCGUCACUAGGGAAACCCCGAAGAAUUUCUCAGAAACAGAGCAAUCUGCUGGUGGCGUUAGCAAAUUUCUCUCCGUGCCACAGCAAGUCGAGUGGUGGAAGCCGUGUUCAACAAGAAGCAAAAAGCGUAAAAAGCGAGUUUUUCUCAAGCGCCGAGUUCAGCAGCCAGUCGUCGUCGAUGUUCAGUGUAUCUGUGCGAGAAAAUUCAGAGAGCUCCGGUUGGUGUUAGUGGCUCCCCCGAGAAGAGUGUUUGAGCAUCAUCAUACAGGUUUCCAUCGAGCGACAACGCGGCAGCAGCCAACCCGUCAGUCAGUCAGUCAAAUCGACCCAGUAGUGUGUGUAUCGAAGAGAUCCCAGGAAAUGCUACAAAAGUUGCUGCGGUGCUGAAAUGGGAAUGCGUACGAAUGUUAAACAGGACUGAAACUUGAGGCCAACAAACAAUGACUGAUGAACCAACUCUUCUUGAACGAUCCGGUGUUGCUACAACGAGCAACGAACGCCAAUGGACGAAUGGCUCCAUCAACAGUAUCAGUUUCAAUAGACUGCUGAGUGUUCAAAUUCCGUGCCAAGAGAUGAAAGUGGCCGAUGCUACCAUCGGAACGACCGGGACGAUGACAUCGUCGUACUAACCAAGGACGGACUUUUCCAUACGCUCGUGCUGUGGAAUUGAAACUUGGAAUCGAAGCAGAGCUUAUGACGGCUUAAAUUGAGAGGAAUUAUCUCUCGUUAGUGCGUUGCUGGUGGAUUUCGGGGGCAAUAAAAAUAAUUCCAACAGCGACAGCAACAGUGUGUGUGUGUGCGCGUGUGGCUGUGUGAAAGAAGUCAAAGGGAAAGUGUGUUUAUCCCCCGGGGAAAGUGGCUGGAAAAAAGCAAGUAUUAUGAGGGCUCGUCGGGCCAAGGCUUCUCGGUAACAAGCAUUGUUUGUGCCAUCGAGAAAAACUCGUAAAGAGAGUAAAUGGUGAAAAAUUGAAGAUCAAGUGUUUGCGUGCACGGUGGGUGGAAGCCGGAAAAUGGGAUGGUGAAUUUAUCAAAAUGAAAGUGAUUAAUCAUCACAGCAGUGCCACAUAGUUCAGAGAGAAAAGAAAAAAAAACGAGCAAUCGAGUGAAAGUGGAUGGUUUUCUGCUACAUUAACAUCAGCUUGAUGGUUGUGGGAGGAUAGUGCUUCUCGGAAAAUAAUUUUCAAUACCAUCAUAAUGUUAAUGAGCUCGUGAAGCAUUUAGGUCGUUUGGAUCAAAGGUCUUCAGGACAGUGUGGAUAGUGAGGGCGUCGUUGGGUUUAAUUUUGCUCAGCAUCAACGGAACCAGCCGGAAGGAUCAGAUUAGGCUGGCCUCGAGGGGAUUGAGCAGCAAAAUUAGCAUAACACUACCCAGCAUGGCGCAUGGAAGAAAACAGAUGGAAAAUGUAGUCUAAGCAUGUAGAAUCCGUCGAUUUUGCGCUUCUCAUUAUUUCCCAUCUGCUUGGCCCAAAAUUAGAGGAAAACCAUUACCAUCAGCGAACAGCGAAAGGAAAAACAUGCAAAGUUAGGAGGAGCUUUAGUGAACACAAAGCCGAGAUUUGUUCCGCCAUAUUCGACGUGUACUUUGAAAUUGGGUAUUUUUUGCUUGCCAGACAGAAGCCUAUCAUCCCGCGGAUAAAGCCUCCGGGGACGUUUAUGAGGGGAGCAAUUUAUUUCGGCUGAAAAAGAGCAAAAUAAUUAUAAGAAAAAGGUGAUUUACGUGACCAGACACGCGGAGGGUUUUUUUUUCCCUCGGUGGGAACCCACAGAAACGAAUGUCGAAUAGAAGCGGUAGCGACUAAAUCAAACGCUGCAGCAUCAACCAGUCCUUAGACGGCACGGAUUGCGGAAAGGUCACCUCCAAGGACCAGUGAGAGCAGGCCUCAGAAAGUCGUCCCCGGUUUACCUUCUCCCUCACUCCAGAGCGCGCGGAUACAAUUACCGUGACGUUCCUCGUGCUCUAUUGGGGGACCAUUGAAAAAUUCCACCGAAUAGUAUGGCUUCGGUCGCCGCUUGGUUGCCAUUUGCACGGGCGGCGGCCAUCGGGUGGGUCCCUAUAGCAUCCCAUCCACUACCAGCACCCCCAGUAUUCAAGGAUCGCCUACGUUCGGAAGAUGAGAAAUUAAUUAUCAACGUUUCCGGGCGACGAUUCGAGACCUGGCGGACAACGGUUGAGAAGUACCCAGACACACUAUUAGGAUCAAACGAACGAGACUUCUUCUACGACGAACAUAGCAAAGAGUAUUUUUUCGACCGUGAUCCGGACAUUUUUAGGCACAUAUUAAAUUACUACCGAACCGGGAAGCUGCACUACCCUCGGCACGAGUGUUUGCUCAGCUACGAUGAGGAAUUAUCAUUUUUCGGAAUCAUGCCGGACGUGAUCGGAGACUGCUGUUACGAAGACUACCGGGAUCGAAAGCGAGAAAACGCCGAACGACUGAUGGAUGACAAGCUGUCGGAAAAUAGUGAUACAAAUCUAAUACAGCUAACCAACAUCAGGGAACGGAUGUGGCGAGCAUUCGAGAAUCCGCAUACUUCCACUGCCGCCCUCGUGUUCUACUAUGUUACGGGCUUCUUCAUUGCUGUAUCUGUGAUGGCCAACGUCGUCGAGACGGUCCCGUGCGGCUUACGGCCAGGCCGCGCCGGAACGCUCUCCUGUGGCGAGCGGUACAAGAUCGUAUUCUUCUGUUUGGAUACGGCCUGUGUGAUGAUCUUCACCGCCGAAUACCUGCUGCGGUUAUUUGCCGCCCCGUGCCGGUGCAAAUUCGUUCGGAGUGUUAUGAGUAUAAUCGAUGUCGUAGCCAUCCUGCCCUACUACAUCGGUCUGGGAAUCACCGACAACGACGACGUAUCCGGUGCGUUCGUAACGUUGCGAGUAUUCCGAGUGUUCCGAAUCUUCAAGUUCUCCCGCCAUUCGCAAGGCCUGCGGAUUCUCGGCUACACGCUGAAAUCGUGCGCCUCCGAGCUGGGCUUCUUGGUGUUUUCCCUCGCGAUGGCCAUCAUCAUCUUCGCCACGGUGAUGUUCUACGCCGAGAAGAACGUGGACGGUACGAACUUCACCUCCAUCCCGGCGGCGUUUUGGUAUACAAUUGUCACGAUGACAACGUUAGGUUACGGUGAUAUGGUGCCAGAAACAAUAGCCGGUAAGAUAGUGGGAGGCGUCUGUUCACUGAGCGGAGUGUUGGUCAUCGCGCUACCCGUACCUGUAAUUGUGUCCAACUUCAGCCGCAUCUACCAUCAGAACCAGCGGGCGGACAAGCGGAAAGCACAGCGGAAAGCACGUCUCGCACGAAUACGAAUAGCGAAAGCGGGCGCUAGUGCAGCGUUCGCGAAUAAGAAGAAGGCUGCCGAGUCGCGGCUAGCAGCGCAGGAGUCUGGCAUCGAAUUGGAUGACAACUACAACGAUGAAGACAUCUUCGAGCUACAGCAUCAUCAUCUGUUAAGAUGUUUAGAGAAAACUACGGACCGGGAGUUUGUCGAGCUAGAAACUCAGUACAAUGGCCAAACGAAGCGGCCCGGAUCGCCAUCGCCGAUGGCCAGUCCAUCCCACUCGGCCAACACUACAACGGGAGGACCCACCGGGUUGCUUCAGUCCUGCUGUGGUCGGUGCUGUUCCCAGCGGUAUCAGCCAAAUCUAUAAUUGGACUUUCAGAUACAGAACUAUACCUCGGCGAACCAAUGAUGUCAGGAGGACGACAUUCCGCUGCGGGAGAGGAAAAAGUCGUAAUAGAUUCCGGAGGCCACUGAACCACAAUACGAUGGAAACCAGUUUGAGUGAGCACAUCAACCGAUUAUUAGUCUUAGUCCAGCCGAACAAGCAGAACAUCUCCACCAAGGCAGGUCGGGUGAUCGUCCUUGUCCUUGCCACAGCAAUCAUCAUCAUCGUCCGUACCUCGAAACCGGAAUGUUCCUCUCCGGCAGCGAUAUUAGACAUUUUCCACGUCGUCGUCGUCGUGUGUCCAACUGUGGGUUCUUAGCGGUUGUGCGCACCCACACACAAUGCAUCAAUCGUCAUCAUUACCAUUAAUAGAAUAUUAUUAACACAUACGAUCGUCACAUUCGGGUGCUCAUCGUUCAUCGUUCGCCAUUCGUCCCGCAUCGUUGCUCCUGAGCAGAAAAACACUAAUUUAAUUUAGACUUAAUUAACAAAUUAUAGAUGUACAGUGUUAUUCUUUCCACCCGUGAGGUCGGAAUUUGGAAGAUAUGAAGAGAAAAAAAAAACAGUGCUGAAGAUGAGAAUAUAUAUAUUAAGUAUGAGAAUAUGAAACCGUAGGCUAUAGAGAACAAACCAACCAGGAACGCGUAAGGUAAACCAAUUUUAGGGUAGCAAUUGAAUUUAAAUUAUUAACUGAAACCAAUGGAAGUUAGUCGAGGAACCGUAACUACGUAGAACAACCCUACUACUACUUCUACCACUACUACUUACUACUACACUACUACCACUACUAUUGUUACUACAACAAAUCCUGACUUCCCGAGGAUAGGACACAACGAGAAUGAAGGACAAAACAGCUUUAAUAAACUCGACUACAUAUUUUUUGAUUAUGAUUAAUGUUAUUAUUUCCCCACGGAAACUCAAUAUAUCACACAUAUGAAUGUUCUCUGACGAAAGAUGAGUGAAGUCUUUUUCUGACGUAAAUCUAGGAAAAUAACAGAGAAAAAAUAUGGAAAAUCACAUAUCAAGUGUGAGGUUAAAAAACAUGCUACUGCGAAUCAGUACCGGAUAGGAAUCAGAUAUGAAUGAUCUUUAAAUUUUUAGAACAAGAUCAAUCAUUAUUUUACUACUAGUUUCUGUUUGUGGCUCAGAAGGUCCGAAAAACUGUCCUUGGCUCUUUAAGUUAUCAAAAUGCAGCCACUACGGCAGAACAGGUCAGUGAAGAUGGAGAUGCUAGUGAGGGAGCGCGUUUUAAUAUUGUUGCACCAAGUUUAACUGUUACGAGUAGUUCAUGCUAUUGUAUUUUGAUUGAAUUUCAGAGUUGAUCGGAGAGCUAUUCCCUAUAAAGACGGUUGUAGAGACAUAAACGUUACUUAUUCCAAUCCCAAUAAAGUUGCAGCAACUAUUGGGAAAUCUUUCCUCUGGAAGAUCCAAUAUUUCCGAAAAAGUGGUCCAUCCCUGAAAAUGAUCCUAGAGACAUUAGAGUCGCGACAUAAACAUGG